CCCCGCCCCUGCUCUGUGCCCCUCUCACCCUGCCCAAGCCCAAGGUAGGGGCCUGUUGUGAAUGCUCCAGCUGAAGUGAAUCUGCAUCCGAAGUGCUCCUUCAGGCUCCAGGCCAAGACAGCCUCUGUGAGCUCAACCUUCACACAUCUCUGCCCUUUCCCAAGAAGAGCAAGAAAUGGCAAAAUCCCAAGGACAAGUGACAUUUGAAGAUGUGGCUGUGGAUUUCACUCAGGAGGAAUGGCAGUACCUGGACCCUCCACAGAGGACCCUGUACAGAGAUGUGAUGCUGGAGACCUACAGCAACCUGGUCUGUGUGGAGCACCAGGUUACCAAACCAGACCUCAUCUUCAAAUUAGAGUUAGAAGAGCCAUCCCCAGCAGAAGGAAAAAUCCCAAUUUGGAGUUUUCCAGAAGAAGAUUGCCAAGUUGAACAGAUUGAGAGACAGCACCAGGAUAUCCAAGAUAUAUGUUUGUUGAUGCAAGAUGGAGUUCCUAACCAGAAAACAAUUACCACCAAGAGUGGCCAUGAAUGUAAUGAAUUUGGAAACACAGUUCAUCAGAGUACAAACCUUAUUGCUUCAUUACAAAGACCCCAUAAACAUGACUCAUUUGGAAGUAAUAUGGCAGAUAAUUUAGACUCAAUUAGUAGUUUUUCAGGAAAGAAACAUGAUAAUGGGUGUGAAAAAUUAUUUUUCCAUACUGAGUAUGAGAAAACAAAUCCUGGGGUGAAACUGUAUGGAUAUAAAGAAUGUGGGAAAGCCCUCAGGCGAAAGAAAGGUCUUAGUCUACAUCAGAGAAUUAAAAAUGGAGAGAAACCCUUUGAAUGUACUGCAUGUAGGAAGACCUUCAGCAAGAAGUCGCACCUCAUAGUACAUUGGAGAACUCAUACAGGAGAGAAACCCUUUGGAUGUACUGAAUGUGGAAAAGCCUUUAGCCAAAAAUCUCAACUCAUUAUACACCUGAGGACGCAUACAGGAGAGAGACCUUUUGAGUGCCCUGAAUGUGGGAAAGCCUUCAGAGAGAAGUCAACCGUCAUCAUACAUUACAGGACUCAUACAGGAGAGAAACCUUAUGAAUGUAAUGAAUGUGGAAAAGCCUUCACCCAGAAGUCAAACCUCAUUGUCCAUCAGAAAACUCAUACAGGAGAGAAAACUUAUGAAUGUACUAAAUGUGGGGAAUCUUUUAUACAGAAGCUCGAUCUAAUUAUACAUCAUAGUACUCAUACAGGAAAGAAACCUCAUGAAUGUAAUGAGUGCAAGAAAACAUUUAGCGAUAAGUCAACCCUCAUUAUACAUCAGAGAACUCACACAGGAGAGAAACCACAUAAAUGUAUUGAGUGUGGGAAGUCCUUCAAUGAGAAGUCAACCCUCAUUGUGCAUCAGAGAACUCAUACGGGAGAGAAACCCUAUGAAUGUGAUGUGUGUGGAAAAACCUUCACCCAAAAGUCAAACCUUGGUGUACAUCAGAGAACUCACUCAGGAGAGAAACCCUUUGAAUGUAAUGAAUGUGAGAAAGCAUUCUCUCAGAAAUCCUAUCUCAUGUUACAUCAGAGAGGUCAUACAGGAGAGAAGCCCUAUGAGUGCAAUGAAUGUGAAAAAGCAUUCUCUCAAAAAUCAUACCUCAUUAUACAUCAAAGAACUCAUACAGAAGAAAAACCCUAUAAAUGUAAUGAAUGUGGCAAAGCCUUCAGAGAAAAAUCAAAGCUCAUUAUACACCAGAGAAUUCAUACAGGAGAGAAACCCUAUGAAUGUCCUGUAUGCUGGAAAGCUUUCAGCCAGAAGUCACAGCUCAUAAUACAUCAGAGAACACACACAGGAGAGAAACCCUAUGCAUGCACUGAGUGUGGCAAAGCCUUCAGAGAAAAAUCAACAUUCACUGUGCAUCAGAGGACUCAUACUGGAGAGAAACCCUAUAAAUGUACAGAAUGUGGAAAAGCCUUUACCCAAAAAUCAAACCUUAUUGUACAUCAGAGAACCCAUACAGGAAAGAAAGCCCAUGGGAAAGGCCACACCCGGAAGUCAAAGCACAUCACACAUUAGAGAGUAAAUCAACAGUGUCUGUUAUGUACACUGAAGGAAAGUUUUGUCAAUUUAAUUAACAUUUUAAAAGUAUGUUCUGUCUUCUGAUUUAAAUACGAGGGAGUAAAGUGAGUCUUUCCUCUUUUCAUCUCAGUAUUCACCCAAAAUCUACAGGGAGAAAAAGAAGCAGAAGUGUAAUCUCUGUAUCUGACAAAAUUAAGAGAUAGCUGAAACUCUAGUAAGAGGGCUGCUAGAGUCAGCAGAAAUCAAGUGCCAGUGCAGGAGAUUUCAGAGAGAGAAUGCCCAAGGCUGCAGAUGCGAGACAGCCCUGGUGAGGACUCUUAUCUGAGUUUCAGGAUACGCCCUGAGGUGCAAAACCAUAUAUAUUUUUUCAACAACAAUAACAGAGUGCAUGGGCAGCAGGAGGUAUGAUGUUUCCUAAAACCAUUUUGGGUCUGAGGAGAAACAGACAGGGGCCUUGACAAGGAAUCACUCACACAAGCCAUAUUUGCAGAAAGUAGUCUAUACUGGCGGCAGGAGCAGUUGGGGUAGGGACUGGAAGAAGAGUGGUUACUUUUCCUUGUGAAGAACCCUAAAGUUGCUAGCUCGGCAGAAGUAAAGUCUGAAAGAACACACAAAUGCAAAAAACAAACCAACCUCCCAGUUAUAAGAAAAACUCUGGUCUACCUAGAAUGUGGCCCCACUUUCUUCCUGGACAUGAACCUCCAGAAAAUAGCAAGUUCAGGAAAAAUUCUUCUCAUUCAAAGAUGAGGGAUUAAAAAGUAAUCAAAACCAGAAAUACACAUGGCUUUUGAGCUAGCAUUUCUACUUCUAGGAAUGUAUAUACUCACACAUGUACAAAAUGAUGAACACAUAGACAUAUUCAUUGAUGCACUGUUUGUAAAAAACAAAAGAUUGGAAGCUGUCCAAAUGACAACUUUAGGGGUCAGUUGUCCAAAAUUAUGGUAUGUUCAUACAGUGAACUUGUAGGUAGACAUACAUACAUACAUAGACAACCAAAGAGAACUUGGACACUCUUUAUGUAUUGAUAUGAGAUGAUCUCCAAGAUACAUUAUCAGGUCAGAAAGGCAAGAUGCAGGAUAAUGAGUAUAAUAUGCUACCAUUUGUAUAUAGAAAGGGGAAAAAAUUGAUAAGUACAUGAUUGUAUAUGCAUAAACUCUUUCAAAAGAUACGCAAGAAGCUGGUAACCUUGAUUACCUCUGGGAAGAAGGGGAAGUGGUGGCUGGGGGGAUGGGACUGGGGGGGAGACAACUGUAUAUCCUUUCAUAACUUGAA